GGCUGGGUGAGCACUUAUUAGAAGUGUACAGUGUGCAUCAGCAGGGUGAAGGUGAGUUGAUAGAGAAAGAAACAAUAGAAACGCAAUAACAAAAAAUAACCGACGCUCACCGGUUCAUUAUGAUGAUAGAACACCACCAGUACAUUCGGAAUGGCUGCAAUGAUUUUUUCCUCUCCACCAGUACAGUAGAAGCUUCUCUAGAAAUGAGGUAACC